CCUUUGCGUCUGCAGUGGUUGCCCUUCAGCCCGGACCCAAGAUGGCGUCCGCUACCGGCUUCAUCCAGUGGCUCCGGAAUUCGGCCUCCGGGCAUAAUCUCCAAGCUAAGUUGCAGUUACGUUACCAGGAGAUCGCUAAAAGAACUCAGCCACCUCCUAAGCUGCCAGUGGGCCCUAGCCAUAAAUUUUCAAACAAUUACUAUUGUACUCGUGAUGGACGUCGGCAAGCCUCUCCUCCUUCAAUCGUAAUGACCACUGUGAAAGUUUUGGAGUCUGGUCUUCUUGGUAAGAGCUCAGUUGAGACUAUGAAAACAUCUGGGAAAAAGCCUGCGAUACCAGGACCCCCCAUGAAAAAGUGGGAACUGUCAAAGGAUGAACCAUAUUUGUGAAAUGGACAUGGGAAGAUGGAUAUACAGAUGCUGAGAGAUUGUUUUUAGGGGACUGACUUGAAGGCGCCAGCUCAGCUGCAGAGGCAUCGUGGAGGACCAUGCAGUGAACAUUAUAUCAUGAUAUUUUAUCUUGGGGGUAGGGGAGAAACAUAUAUUCUAAUACAUGAUAAAUACACUGAGCUCCA